AAUUACCUGCAUGUUUUCUUUGCCGAUUUUGCUGUAGAAAUGUGAAUAUUUUCCCUAUCACUUUGAACAGUUCUUUUUUUGUUGUUGCUGUACCCUGAAUUAAAAUCACGAUGAAAACACGAUUUACUACUGUGGAUAUCAGGGCCGUUAUUGCCGAGAUCAAUGCCAACUACAUUGGCAUGAGAGUCUAUAAUGUGUAUGACAUCGACAACAAGACGUAUCUCAUCCGUUUGCAAAAGCCUGACAGCAAAGCUGUUCUCCUGAUCGAGUCUGGGACUCGUAUUCAUUCCACAGACUUUGAAUGGCCCAAGAACAUGAUGCCUUCAGGGUUUGCGAUGAAAUGUCGAAAACACCUGAAGACACGCCGACUGACCCAGAUUAAGCAGCUUGGGAUUGACCGGAUUGUCGACAUCCAGUUUGGCUCAGAUGAAGCUGCCUACCACUUGAUUAUCGAACUAUAUGACAGGGGUAACAUCAUCCUUGCAGAUCAUGAGUACACCAUCCUGAAUCUGCUGAGGUUUCGGACAGCAGAGGCAGAAGACGUUAAGAUUGCUGUGAGAGAGCGCUACCCUGUGGAGAGCGCCAGACCCCCCGAACCUCUCAUCAGUUUGGAGCGGCUGACUGAAAUCCUUAGCAAAGCACCAAAUGGGGAACAAGUGAAAAGGGUCCUGAAUCCUCACCUUCCAUAUGGAGCCACUCUGAUAGAGCACAGUUUGAUAGAAGCAGGACUGUCGGGCUCUAUCAAAAUUGACAGUCAAGUUGAUUCUGUCCAAGUUGCUCCUAAAAUCCUGGAGGCUAUGCAGAUUGCAGAAACUUACAUGGAAAAAACUGAGAACUUCAGUGGCAAAGGUUACAUCAUUCAAAAGACUGAGAAGAAACCAAGUUUAACUCCUGGCAAACCCAGCGAAGAGCUUCUCACAUACGAUGAAUUCCAUCCAUUCCUUUUUGCCCAGCAUGCAAAAAGCCCCUAUUUGGAGUUUGAUACCUUUGACAAGGCAGUAGAUGAGUUUUUUUCCAAGAUGGAGAGUCAAAAAAUUGACUUGAAGGCCUUGCAGCAGGAGAAACAGGCUCUGAAAAAGCUGGAAAAUGUUAAGAAGGACCAUGAGCAGAGGUUGGAGGCCCUGCACCAAGCACAGGAGGUGGACAGAAUAAAGGGUGAACUAGUGGAGAUGAACCUGCCUGUGGUGGAGAGGGCGCUGCAGGUGGUGCGCAGCGCACUGGCCAAUCAGGUGGACUGGACUGAGAUCGGUGUUCUUGUCAAAGAAGCACAAGCUGCUGGAGACCCCGUGGCCUGUGCCAUCAAAGAGCUCAAGCUGCAGACCAACCACAUCACCAUGCUUUUAAAGAAUCCGUAUAUUUCUGAGGAGGAUCAGGAAGAGGAAGAAAAGAAAGAAAUCGUGGAAACGAAAGGGAAGAAAAACAAAAAUAAAGACAAAGGACAGAACAAGAAGCUGCAGAGGAACAAACCCAUGUUGGUGGAUGUGGAUCUUGGGCUGUCUGCUUAUGCCAAUGCCAAAAAGUACUACGACUCCAAACGCAGCGCUGAAAAAAAGGAACAGAAAACCAUUGAAGCAGCAGAUAAAGCCAUGAAAUCAGCUGAGAAAAAAACACAGCAGACCCUGAAAGAAGUCCAGACAGUCACCACCAUUCAGAAGGCCAGGAAAGUCUACUGGUUUGAAAAGUUCUUGUGGUUCAUCAGCUCCGAGAACUAUCUCGUCAUUGCAGGAAGGGACCAGCAGCAGAACGAGAUGAUCGUUAAACGGUACCUCCGGGCUGGUGACAUCUAUGUUCAUGCUGACCUCCAUGGAGCAACUAGUUGUGUCAUCAAAAACCCCUCAGGGAAUCCCAUCCCUCCCCGUACUCUGACAGAAGCUGGCACCAUGGCUGUGUGCUACAGUGCUGCUUGGGAUGCCAAGAUUGUCACCAGUGCUUGGUGGGUUCAUCAUCAUCAGGUGUCUAAAACUGCUCCCACUGGCGAGUACUUGACAACUGGAAGCUUCAUGAUCAGAGGAAAGAAAAAUUUUCUGCCACCUUCUUACUUAAUUAUGGGCUUUGGGUUCCUCUUCAAGGUGGAUGAUCAGAGUGUGUUUCGGCACCAAGGGGAGAGGAAGGUGAGAACCGUAGAGGAAGACAUGGAGGAGGCCACAUCCAGAACUGCCGAGCUAUUAGAUGAGGGAGAGGAGCUCAUAGGGGAUGACAGCAGUAAUGAAGAUCAGGGUGAAGAAAGAGCAGACGAUGGAGAGACCAAGGAGGUGGAGGUGAAAAAGGAGGACGACACAGAGGAGGAGGAUGAUGGCGCGAGUGGAGAAGUAGACUCUGCAGCAGAUACAGGAGAGAAGGUGUCAGAGCGGAGUGAUAGUGGUAUGGAUAAAGAGAAUGAAGAGAGUGAAGAAUUCAGCUUUCCAGAUACGACCAUCACCCUCUCUCAUUUACAACCCAGCAGGAGCUCCCAGAAUGCCGGCUUCAAAAAAGAAACAACUGCUCAGGAUGAUGUAGAUUCACAGGGGAAAAAACACAUGACUGCCAAGCAGAGAAGAGAAGAGAAGAAGAAGAAGCAGCAGCAGAAACAGGAGGGCUGUGAGACUGAGGAGAAGCCUGACAAGUCAUCCGGUGGACCGGUGGGGGAUCAGGGGUCCAAAAGUGGCAGUGGACCCUCUCAGCAGCCGUUAAAGAGAGGUCAAAAGAACAAACUGAAGAAGAUCAAAGAAAAGUAUAAAGAUCAGGAUGAAGAGGACAGAGAGCUGAUGAUGCAGCUACUUGGGUCAGCUGGUUCGACGAAGGAGGAGAAAGAUAAAGGGAAGAAAGGAAAGAAAGGGAAGGGGAAAGAGGAGCCCGUCAGGAAACCGGCCGCUCAGAAACAACAUCAGAAAGCUCGUAAUGUGGAGACUGCUGGGAAGAAAGCAGAGCUGGGUGGAGGGGAGGAGGAGGAAGAGGAGAAGAGGCAGCCCGGAGAGGAGGGAGGUGCUGCAGAACAGGAGGAUAAGGAAGAUGAGGUGGACCAGGACAAUCCUGGAGCAGAGGAAGCAGAGAAUCUGCUCACCUCUCUAACAGGCCAGCCGCAUCCGGAGGAUGUGUUGCUGUUUGCAGUGCCAGUCUGCGCUCCGUACACUGCUCUUUCCAACUACAAACACAAAGUGAAACUGACACCAGGUUCUCAGAAAAAAGGCAAAGCUGCACGCACUGCAGUGUUCAGCUUCAUGAAAGCCAAAGAGGUGUCACCAAGAGAAAAAGACCUGUUCCGCAGCGUCAAGGAUUCUGACCUAUCCAGAAACAUGCCGGGAAAAGUCAAGGUGUCUGCUCCAAACCUGCUGGCUGCCAAGAAAAAAUGAAGGAUAGAAGACACGAGCCGGCGAGACUUUUGAAAUUUACAGCAUUUCUUCAGCAUGGAACUGCACCUCAGUCCGGUUCACUGAGACU